AUGGAUGAACAUAUUAGAGCCGGAGAUUCAAGCCACAUCAAGUUCAUUUCCUCCUCCAUUGUGUGCGGCUCCCAUGGACUCACAAACCUGAUAUUCUGUGCAAAAUGUGGGUCUAGAGAUUCGCCAGCUGAUAAUGAUAUCAUACUCUGUGACGGUGCUUGUGAACGUGGUUUUCACCAAUUUUGUCUGGAACCACCAUUGUUAAAAGAAGCCAUUCCUCCUGGUGAUGAGGGUUGGCUUUGCCCUGGAUGUGAUUGUAAGGUCGACUGCAUCAACUUGCUUAAUGAUUUUCAAGGAACUAAUGUUUCUAUUCUGGACACCUGGGAGAAGGUGUUCCCUGAGGUGGCAGUUGUAAAUAAGCGAUUUGAUCGUGUUGGACUUGGAUUUAUGUCCGAUGAUUCUGAGGACAAUGAUUAUGACCCAGAUGCUUCAGAGUUGGAUGAGAAAGUUGAGGGAGAUGAAUCAAGUUCUGACGAAUCUGAUUUCUAUUCUGCUUCCGAAGACUUUGGGCCUUCACCAAAUAACAAGCAGAACUUGGAGCAUUCUUCUGAUGAUUCAGAGGAUGAUGAUUAUGAUCCUACUGCUCUAGAUCUCGAUGAGCAGGUUAAGCAGGAAACUUCAAGUUCUGAUUUUACGUCUGACUCUGAGGAUUUUAGUGUUGCAUUUGAAGACGAACUCAUGUCUGCAUUAUCAGACCAUACUGAGCCCUUCGGAGGCUCUGAUGGAGAAAGAUCUAAAGUUAUUCGGAGGAAAAAACAAUCUUUAAAUACUGAGCUGUUAUCUCUAAUGGAGUCUAGUCCCAGCCAAGGGGAUUCUGCACCUGUAACUGGAAAAAGACAUGUAGAAAGGUUGGACUACGAAAAGCUAUAUGAUGAGGCAUAUGGAAAUGAUUCAUGUGAUUCAAGUGAUGAAGAUUGGAUUGACGCUGGUGACAUACCAAAUAAGCGAAGGAAGAACAAUACCAAGAAAGUUGCUUCAGCAUUUCCCAGUGGAAGGACUCCAAUUAUAGAGGGGACAAAUGCUAAGGAUAUGCAGCACAACCAGGAACAGAGUGAACAUACCCCUACGAGAAGAGCGCUUAAGAAUCUAGAUGUUGAGGGCACAUAUAAUUCACCUGCUAAAUCACAUAAAGGUUUCUCUGAAUGUGGUUCUAGAGAUAGUACCACUAAAAGAUCAUGUAGAAGACCUGGAGAAGCUGUAACUCAGGGACUCAUAAAAUCCUUCAACGAAAAUCAUUAUCCUGAUCAAUCUAUGAAAGAAAAAUUGGCUAUGGAAUUAGGAGUUACGGUUCAUCAGGUUAGCAAAUGGUUUGAAAAUGCACGUUGGAAAUUUUACCAUCCAUCACCUCAAACAAAUAUUUCAGAGCCCGGACCAAAAAUGGUGACAGAAAACAUUUCGUGCAAUGGAUUGAGCAUGGGCAAUUCAUUGACUGAAGAAAGUAGCGGGCAGAGAUCUACGACCCCAGGGGGUCACAAGAGAAAAAGUCAGUCAUAUGAUCACCAAGGAUCAGAGUAAAUUUUGAGUAUUGAGGAGACAUGUAAGCUGAGUGGACCAGUUGAUUUACCAAAAGCUCAACAAGCUCAAAAAAAGUGGCAGACAUAACACAGAAAUAUGGAGAUCACUUUCCAUCAGUUACUUCUUGGAAGAAAGGAGCAACUGAAACAGAAGUCUUCCUCUUUCAGGGAUUCGCUGUUGAUGCUUGCAGUUGCUCGUAGACGUCGUGCAGUUGGUGUUUGCCUUUUUUUUUUCAGUUUUAGAUUAUUAUAGUCUUUUCCAUGUCUUUUAGUUUAUGUGUAAGUGGAAACUCUAUGUUCCCCACCUUUAUUUCUGAAGUUCUUAUUUAUCGUCAAAAAAUAUUGAUUAAGGAAUGUAAGUUCAAAAAAUGAGGUGGUGGUUUUUUUUUCGGCCUUCGAAGGUUAUGAAAGUAAAUUCAAGCAUGCUAGAAAGGAUUGAAUAAUCUUUACAAAUUGGAUUAAGCUAAACAUUUAUCAA